CAACUUUACUGAAUGAUCAAAGGCCAGUAUUUAGGAGAAGACCUGCAGUUUUCUGGUCCGGCUAAUGGAGCAGUAGGAGGAAGUGUGGUGUUUGCUCCUGAUAACCCGCCCUCCACAACACUUAAUAUAGUUCAGUGGCAGUUUGGAACAACUCUUAUAUUGACAGCACAGUCUGAUUCAACUACAAUAGUCCCAGAAUACAGUGACAGAGUCAGUUUUGACAUAAACACUCUCGCUCUGGAGCUCUGGGACCUGAGACUGGAUGAUUCUGGAAUAUACAGACUGACUGUAUUAACUAGUGCUGGAGGACAAUUUACAGGAGAAACUUCACUACAAGUGUUCGAAAGAAUAACUAAUGUCAGGCUUAUUGGUCCAGAAGAAUUAUUAAUAGAGGGAGAAUCAUCUGCUAACAUCAGCUCUGAGGGAACUGGCAACAUCAUCUCUGUGCAGUGGAUGAAAGAUAACAGUCCUCUGUCUCCUAGCAACAGCAUCAUCUUCUCAUCUGAUAACAGAUCAGUGUCCAUCAGUCCAGUGCAGAGAUCAGACAGUGGAGAAUAUCAAUGUACAUACAGAAACCCUGCCAUCUCUGAGACGGCACAACUCAGCCUGAUCAUCAACUAUGGACCAGAAGAAGUUUCUAUUAAGGGUGAGGAUGUGGUAGAUUUAGGGGUUCCUGUGUCGCUCUCUUGCUCUGCAAAUUCUGAACCUGCUGCCUCGUUCAGAUGGAAGAUUAAUGAAACAGACACUGAUGUGACCACAGACACAUUCACCAUAGAUUAUACUGACUUCACACACAGUGGAGAUUACAUCUGCACAGCCUGGAAUAAUGUCACAAAGAGAAACGCCACACAACAACAUACUUUACUAGUUAAAGGAGGAAGAGGAGGAGGAGGGCUGUCAUCAGGGGCGAUAGCUGGGAUUGUCAUUGGGGUUUUAGUGGCAGUUGCAGGCAUUUGUGGUCUGACUGUCUAUUUAAUAAAAGCUAAGAAAAUCCCACAACCAAACCUUCAACAAAAUAGACGGGCAAGUGAAGCAACACAAAGCAGAGAGGAGACAGACUUGGACUAUGAAGUAGUCAUUAAUUUCCAGAAUGCUCAAGGAGAUGAAACGAUUCUGGGGAAGAGGAUUGAAUCUAAUAUAUACGAGAAUCCUGAUUAUGAAAAUGUGUAUGAAAAUGUAAAACAUGAACUUUCAAACAAACCAAUGGCUCCUCCACCUCAGGUGAGGAAGUGAAGACACUGAAAUCUACUGCAAUCUACUGAGUCUUCCUGCGUAUUGCACAUUUUACACAUUUUAUGAUGUUUCUGUACUUUAUUUACAUAUCUAGAGAUCUGGCAUUAUAAUGUUCAUGUGAAGGUCCACAUGGAAUCA